CCCAGCCCACCCCCAACGGCUAUUUUGGCCCAAACUAUUUUUUUUUUUGAAAAAAAAUUGACCGUUGGACCCGGACCCGGGCCGGGUCAACUAUUUCCGGAACCGAGCCCGCCCCGCACAUCCCCACCGGUUCAAGUCUACACCCGGUCCCGGACCGCCAGACCGAGCCGGUCCCGGGCCCGCACAGUAGCGGGCCGGGUCACGGGUCGGGUGGCCCGAACCGAAUCCAAACCUAAUGUUGCUACGGUCUAACAAAGAAUUAAUUGCAACCGUUCAUUUUUUACGUUUUUGAACGCACAAAUUUGACUAUUAAUAUCUUUCUUUCCUUAUUAGCGUAAAAAUUAAAAAGGGGAAAAUCGCAUAUAUGGUCCCUCAGUUAUCCACGAAAUUAAAAUCUCAGACCUGUAUUUUUGAGAUUGUAAAUGUCACCCCUCAAUUGUCCAAAUUGUUGUAAAUGUGGUCCUUUAAGUGGUGAAAUGUACUCUCUCCCACAUUGUAUAUUUCACCCCUCAAAUUCUCAAAAGACCACAUUUACAACAUUUUGAAUAAGAAAAAUUCCACUUUUGGUCUCAUGACUAUUAUACCACUACCACAUUUAGUCAGUCGCUUACUUUUAGAUUGCCCACAUUUAGUCCGUGAUCAUUAUCCCCUCACCACCUAUCGUUCUUCCCGCUAAAAUUCCGGCAAAUUUAAUGCAGAUUUUAGAUAUGAAAAAACAAAUUUAAUGCAAAGACUGAUAUGAAAAACCCAACCUGAUACAAAAUUAAAUGCAAAGACUGAUUCUGAGGCUGAGAAGUGGACUAAAUUUGCCGGAAUUUUGGCCGGAAGGAUCGAGGGUGGUGAGAGGAUAAUGAUCACGGGCUAAAUGUGGACAAUCUGAAAGUAAAAGUGAUAGAGUAUAUCUAGAGAGAAGUGAGAGCUAGAGAGAGAAGUGCAAUAAUAUGCUUCAAUAGAAUGAAUUUGUAACCCCUAUAACUACUCCCAAAGGGAGUAUUUAUAGAGAAAAUUAGGGUUGGGCUCCCAAGCCUUGGGCUUGGGAGGCCCAUUUACAACUGGACCGCUGCUGGGCCGAAUACAAAGCCACUAAUGGGCUGUACAAAUGAGUAAGAGUAAAAUCCGAUUCUGGGAGGUCUUCUUGGCCGACGAGGGCGUGGCCGAAGAGGGCACGGCCGACGAGGGCACGGCCGACGAGGGCACGGCCGACGAGGGCACCCGGGUCCCUUGGACUCAGGACCAUAAUCCGAAUUGGCCCCUUCUCGGCCGACGGGGGCGUCAUGGCCGACGAGGGCGCCACUCUGUGCCUUGUGCUUUCUGUUCUUCCGAGUAUGUGGGUCCGGGGGCUCAGACCCAUAUACUCCAUCAGGAGUCCCCCACUCUCUAAGCUGAGACGUAGAUGAAGUGAAGGAGAGUAGAUUCCUCUGCUUUGGCGCCCUUGGCCGUUCUGUUCCUUGUUGUAGACAGGGAGGCCGUUGUUUACUUGAUGUCUUUGUUCUUGGACGAUGAGUGUCCUUCUUUCAAUGGUGGCCGUUGAAAGGCACGUUUGCUUGGGCGUUGAUGGUUGAAAGGCCACUGAAGUUAUUCCUUGCUUUGAGGACGAUGGCGUCCUUUCCUUUAUGUGGCCGAUGAGGAUGUUUGCGCACUCCUUUUGGCCGUUGCUGGUUGGCCUUCGUAUUUUUGGCCGAAGAGCCCGUCAAAGUCAAUUGUUGGCGGAGGACGAUGAGUGUCCUUGCCUUUGGUGACCCGUUGGCCGUUGCAGAUGACGUUGCGUGCAUACCGACGAGGUGCAGUGUGAUGCGUGGCCGAUGUGGCCAUGCUCUGUGGUUACCUUGUUAGCAUUUUCUUUUGUUUUGUUGAGGCCGGUGUAGUCCCCCAGUCCCCCACUGCUUCAGGCCGAAUAGUGUGAGGUGUGAAGGAGUUCCUUGAGUCCCCGGCCGAAGCGGUCUCGCCGUAGUCCCCCUGAAUCCAACCCUCAUGGCGAUUUUCUGGCCAAGGUAACCCUGUGGGAGAACCCUUGUGCGCAGAUCGCUUGUAGAGGGUUAUCAUCAAGGGUUAUUUACGAGGAGCCGAUGGCUUUUGGGCUCUUGGGUCCUUUGAUCUUGUGGCCGUUACGUUCCUGGCCGUUGCCGUCUCCUUUUUGUCUUGCAUUUGUGAUAUUGGCAAGCAGAUGGGACGUUAUGGGCGCUAGCUGGUACUUGUGAGGCCGGCGAGCGUGUAGGCCGUAUAGUCUGAUUUGCCAGUGGGCCGUUGAUGUGGCUUGGGCCUGGCCCGUUGGUGUCGUGGUGGCCUCCCAUUGGUGGCCGUUGAUGUGGCCAUUGGGAGAGUGCCACGUGUAGUGACCGUUGGGUGGGGGGGUCUAUAAAUACCCCUUCCCCUCCGACGAGGAAUCACAUUUGCAUUCUGAAUUUGUCGAAGUGCUGGCCGAUUUUCUAGAGAGAUAAACUCCCAAGCCUGUUCUUCGUUGUUCUUCGUUGUUCGAGGUUAGUGUUCAUCACGAUCUUCCUCGCUUUUCAUACUUUGCUUCCUAGGUAGUUGAUCUAGUGUUAGGCGUUUAAACACCUUUAGAUCUUAAGUUGUUCUCCUUAAGCCCGUAGUAGUAGUAAUGAAGAGCUUGAACGACGACUACUACCCCUAUGACGACCAGCCCUCCACGAGGUCACUUGACUACGAGGUGCUCGAGGAGUUUGAGGAGGAGAUAGGGCGUUUAAGUCCAUACAAAUCCGCGGAGCUGAUGGACGAGGAAGGCGAGGACGAGGAGUCCGCCUCUUCUUCAAAGGGUGAGGACGUGGGUGCGUCCCGAGUGGUGGACGGGGCGUCCACUUCUGCUGUCAUUCCGUGCCCGAGGCCGGUGUCCGCCGUUAAGGGAGCCGCCAAGCCGAAGAGAGUGAGGAGGCCGAAGAGUGGGCCCGGCGUCUCCUAUCUAGAUCUCACCAACAUCUACCUGAUCAAGCCGGAGAGCAGUGCGGCCGAUUACCUUGUUGCCCAGAUGUACGUGGGGCCGUUCGGGCGGGUUAGGGCACCCAAGCCGACGGACCAUGUUCUUCUUCCACCACCGGGGUACUUUGGAGUAUACCCGAUGAGUUUUGCCAAGGGGUUGAGGUUCCCCCUUCACCCUUUCAUUACUGAGUACCUGGACAUGGUCGGGCUUCCUCCGGCCUUGCUGACGCCGAACAGUUACUCUUUGAUGGUGGGGUUUCUGCUCCGGUGUGAGGAGUUGGGCUACCGGCCGACGACGGCACUAUUCAUGAAUUUGUACCAGAUAGGCCGAGGAAGUCACAAGAACUGUGCGGCCUAUGCUACUCUUCAGCAGCUGCCGAAGAAGAGGAGCUUCACGGAUUUGCCUACGUCCAUUCAUGGGUGGAAGAGCAAGUUCGUGUUUGUGUCCAUUGGUGAGAGUGGCACCGAGUUUCCCUCCCUCGGCCACACCGGGAGGUUUAACCUGCAUGACCCGCCGAAGAGCUCUAUUUUGGACGCUCAGGUGGAGGCUUUCUUGGAGGGGGGGCCGAGGAGCGUGAAGGAUUACAUCACUGAGUACAAGAUGGCCGCCCUCGGCUUCGUGAGGUAUUAUGUCUAUGGUGACAAGGAGGAUGACCUCCAACUCUGGCCGAGGAUGACCACCACCUUUGAGGAGGCUGACGGCCCGGACUUGGGCAUUCCUGCUGAGGCCGAUGGUAAUUCUUUCUUCGGCUUUCUGUCUUUAUGUUUUGUCCUUUGCCUUACUAAUCUGUUUGUGUUUUUCCUUUGUAGAUUUUGUCAUGGACCGUCAAUCCAUGAUGGCUAUUGCCAAGGCCAAAGCAGCCGAGGAGAUUGCUGCUAAGGCGGCCGAGGCGGCCAGACGUGCCGCGGCCGGUGGGGGCGGGGCUACUGCUGAUGCGGCCCCACAGCCUGCUCCGAAGAAGAAAAGGCCGGCCCCUGACGGCCAGAAAAAGCUAACUGAGGCCGGCGUGAGCGUCUCGAAGAAGACGAAGAGGGCUCCUUCCCCUUCUCCGGCUAGUGAGGCCGGUACUCUUACUGUCCCCAUCGUGGGCGAUGGUGGUCCCGUCGUGGACCUUACUGUUGCUGACGAUGCUGCCCCAGCGCUUCCUCUCGUCCAGGAACCACGGACGCAGAGGGCCGGCAAGGAGAUUGCCGGUGCCACCUAUCAGAAGGUGAUAGAGUACCCCGUCGGCAGGGGCGUGUUUAAUGAUCUCGUCCCCGGCCACGUCGUCCUGGCCAAGGCCAUGCCGGCCAAAGAUCGGGCUCAUUUGAAGAAGCUCGAGGACCCGAAGAUUUAUGAGGGCGGCAUGGACCUCCUCGUCCAAAGUGCCUUCAUGCUUAUGGAAAGCCAUAAGAGGCAGUACUGGGAGAUAGCUCGCCUGCAAGCGCUGGAGCAGAAGGCUGCCUCGGCCGACGAGGCGGUAGCUUGCCUUGACCAGCUCCGGGAGGAUGCCAAGGCGCUGCCGAUGAGGCCGUCGUGAAGUUCCUGGCCGAGGGGUGGAAGGCCGAUGAGAGGCUCCCCUGGUGCUACGAAGUGGUGGCCGCCAGGCUGGAGAAUUGGGGGAUGAACUCCCCUGCCGGCCGGGAGUAUUUCAGCCGGGAGAUGUCCGUUUAUUACAACCUGGGCCAGGAGCGGAUG